GUGUAUAUUACAACACAACAAAGUUCAGAUUGUUUGAUGAACUAGAGAAAGCAGUUCUCGUUUUCGGCCAUGGCUUGGAACUCUUCACGAGUGAUCCGAAAAAUGCAAAUAUCAGCCUUACACCAAAUGUCAGCUGCUAUGGAGGAGGACAGCCUCGAUGGAAUAAAGGAGAUUACUUCUUCAAGUAUCUGAAAAAUGUGACAGCAAAAAUGAAACAAGGUCCGGACAUCAGCUUUAACUUAGACGGCUCUCUCAAACAUGUCGAACUUCAGAUCUUGAAUCUUAAUAGGAAAAAUGUCUGGGAGAAAAUUGGCGUCUGGACAAACACAGGCCUAGAUAUAAAAGAUAUUGUUUGGCCAGGGGACAGUCCAGUGCCACCCCCAGGAGUUCCAGAAAAAUUCAACCUUAAAGUGACCUUUCUGGAUGAACCUCCUUUUGUGAACGUGUUCCCCCCGGAUAAUGAAACUGGAGAGUGCAAAACUAGCCGGUCUGUCAGGUGUCGAGUGGCACCAGAGUACAAGUUUUAUGGUAUGAAUCAUUCAGUUGCGAUACGUAAUCCAGAUUAUUACAAAUGUUGUUCAGGCUUUUGUAUAGAUCUCCUACAGAAGUUCGCUCAAGAUUUAAAAUUUUCCUACGAUCUUUACCGUGUAGAAGAUGGAACUUGGGGAGUUUUAAGUCAAAACGGCACGUGGAAUGGACUUAUAGCUGAACUCUUACAUCAUAAAGCUGAUAUUGUGGUAACCUCAAUCAAGAUAAAUUCCGAGCGUCAAACAGCAGCAGAUUUCACAGUUCCAUUUUUGGAGACUGGGAUCGCCAUUGUUGUGGCAAAGCGAACAGGCAUAAUAUCGCCAAAAGCUUUCCUUGAACCUUUUGAUACGAUAUCGUGGUUGAUGAUACUUUUGAUCAGCAUCCAAGGUGCCGCUUUAGCUAUAUUUUGUUUCGAAUGGUUGAGUCCGUACGGAUAUGAUAUGAAGAUGCUACCACCUAGAGAGGAUCCUUUCAACCCAAGGAAAAAUCACAAAUUUUCUCUCUUCCGAACCUACUGGCUGGUUUGGGCAAUUCUGUUUGGAGCUGCAGUUAACGUGGACUGUCCUCGUGGCAUUACUGCAAGGUUCAUGUCCAAUGUAUGGGCCAUGUUUGCUGUCGUAUUUCUUGCUAUCUACACUGCCAAUUUGGCAGCUUUCAUGAUAACCAGAGAAGAAUACUAUGAUCUUCAAGGGAUAGAUGACAAAAGGCUCACAAGUCCGUACAUAACAGAUCCUCCAUUCCGUUUUGGCACGAUACCUAAUGGAAAUACUGAGGCUGUCCUGAAGCGCAACAAGCUUCACCUUUACACAUGGAUGCGCAAAUUCAAUAGAUCAUCAGUGCAGCUAGGGGUUGAAGCAGUUAAAAGAGGUGAUUUGGAUGCCUUCAUAUAUGAUGCUACUGUUCUUGAAUAUCUUGCUGGGCAAGACAACGAAUGCCGACUUUUAACGGUCGGGACGUGGUAUGCUAUGACCGGCUAUGGUUUUGCACUUCCAAAGAAAUCCAAGUAUCUCAGUAUGUUUAACAGAGCUAUGAUACAGUACAGAGAAAAUGGUGACCUUGAGCGGUUGCAAAGGUUUUGGCUUCAAGGUGCUUGUAAACCGACAAGGAAUAAACGGAAUGUAAGCAAACCGUUAGAUGUGAACCAGUUCAUGAGUGCGUUUCUUCUAUUAGGUUGUGGAGUUUUAUUCACCAUCUUAGUGUUACUAUUAGAACAUAUUUAUUUCAAGUAUAUAAGAAAACAUCUUGCCAAAAAAGACACUGGUGAUUGCUUCACUCUUAUAAGUCUUAGUAUGGGCAAAUCGCUGAGUUUUCGAGGUGCUGUUUAUGAAGCUACAGAUAUGCUGAGACACCACCGGUGCAAAGAUCCAGUUUGCGACACACAGUUGUGGAAAACUCGUCAUGAGCUGGAUAUGGCAAAAUUAAAGAUACGUCAGUUGGAAGCCAGUAUACAAGGCGCCCUUAAUUCGCCAACAUUUAAAGAAUGGUCAGCAGAUUAUGCCAAGCCUCGAGACCUAACGAGGAAUUACUUUCAGAGCAACGAACCACAGCUUUCGAAUUUUGCACUUCCACCUGCUUACAGAACUCAUCCAUUGCACCCUUACGGGCCACACUACGUCAAAAACUUCACUAAUAUGGAAAUAGCAGAGAUUGAAACUGUAUUAUGAUCACCAGACAAUUGAUUUGAUAUUUGCAUGAAAGAACAGUGAUUCUGGAUUUAACAUUAGAAAAUGAAUUUUACCGCAGACGCAUUGAAAUUUAUCGUUCUCUGAUUAAAAGCUACAUAUAUUUGUGUAAUUUUUUUAAACAAAGGAAAUGAAUAUUUUCUUAACAUUAUGUUUCUUACAGCUCUGGGUUCUUUUAUUCGUAUUAGUUGCCUGUAGCCAAAUGGAAUAUUAGCAGAGGUUUCAAAAUGUCUAUAUAUUAUCCUCGAAAAUUAAAUGUAAUGUUCUUUAACGUUCAUUUUGUAUGUGUUUUUUACGCUUUUGAGAACCAAUUAUUAACGAUAGCUUAAAUGAGAAAUGCUUGUACAGCAGUAAAUUUUAUGAGAUAUUUUAUAUUAACAUUUGAUAGGAGUUGAUUUAUAUCAUCAUUAAAAAUCCAUAAAUUAGCUAUCUUUAAUUUAAAAUUGAGGAAAUGCAAUGCGCUGAUGUUUCUUCGAGAUUGAAUAGUUUCUUAUUUUCUUGUUAUGUAACUAAACACUAAAUAUUCUGGUCGAUGUCAAGUGCAAAACGUCAUAUAUAAAAUUAGAGUAAAGGUCCUACAGUAAAAGAAACUCUUGCAUUCUAUUUGAGUAUUGUUGCUUAACAGACCAUGCAAAUAAUAAUUAGUUGACAGAUUUAAUAUCUGUAUUUUUAAAUUAAAAUAUUUUUGAAUAUAAAUUACUGAAUACAUCCAUAAAAUUUCCUAAGUUAUUUUUUUCCCAGUAAUCUCUGUUGAAAUUAAAUGGAAUAAUAUAAAUUGUCACAGUUCUUCUAACAUUUUGAAAUUGAAAAGUUUAAUGCAGAAUUCAGAAUUGUGAAUGAAAUUUAGCGUUUGCAUAUGAGUGACGCAUGUAAGCUAUAAUGCAAAAUAAUUUAAUUAUCCAUAAAAUGUUUAAAAUUAUAUAUUAUUUGAGAAAGGACAUUUUUUUUUACUUUCAAGCAGAUUGUUAAACUCUUUAAACGUAUAACUAAUUGGUGCAUAUAGGGAAUUAUUCAGCGAUUUUUAUUUCUCAUGAGUAGUUGGUGUUAAAUAUUUUGAGCAAUAUUUUAAUCUCAAAUGUAUGUAUAAGUUUUCUAAUCAAAUAUUAACUUUUAAACCAAAAUUUCAAUGUGCUGCUUCGGGAAAAUUCAUUUUCUUGAGCUCUUAAUGAGAGUUAGAUUUCAUUGCGUUUGACUCUAUUAUAACUGGUUUGCGGAAAUUAAUUUUUAAUUGAAUCGCUAGCUAAUGUGUUUUCUAUCUAUUACCGGAUGGGGUGAAAAAUGGUAUGUACAGUGUGAUUAAAAUAUUAAUUUGUUAAUUAUGAUUUGAAUUGCUAUAAAUUUGCUGCUAAAUAUUUUUAAAAAUUUAAGUCUUUAAGAUAGAUCUGACUAUUCUAUAUUUAUCAUAGUAACAAUUUGUUUCGACUCAGUUGCAUUUUGAGAAAACCGUUUUUAAAAGUUGCUUACAAUUUCAGUAUAUAGAUAGAUACUCGUUAUUAUGCCACUUUAGCAGCUAUUUUAAGUAAAUAUUUCUUUAUGAAUAUAGGUAGCCUUUCAUUUUUUGCCGCAUCCGAAAGUGCGUUAUGGAUAUUCUAUGUACUCAAAAUGGUGUAAAUUUAAGAUCUGAAGGUAUUUGAUCAUUUGAAAGUAGAAUUCUAAAUAUUUUACUUUAUAAGUGGACUAUAAAUGGAGUGUCAAUGAAACAUUUUAGUCCAUAUACUUCAUUUCCUAUAGAAAUUAAUCAAAUUGAGAAGUGUUUGUGCUUCUUUUUGGUAGCAUCAGUGUAAUUAUAUUUUGUGAUAAAAUAUAACGAUAGUUUUUCAUUGCUAUAACGCUACUACAAUUAAUGUGCAUUGUUAAAAAUAAUUUUUUGGCAAUAACUUAGCAUGGUAAAAACAUGAAUUUUAUGCAGUGCCACAGUAGUUCUCUCAAAGGUUAUAGAAAAAGAUAUUGAAUUUAUUUUCAAAGAGAUUAUUGAAAACGCUUGUUGAAUAAAAUCUCCAAUUUUUCUUUAUUCAAUUAAAGACUGUUCCAAAUUUUGUUGUAAGUACUUAGUUAUCUAGAAGAAAUGAAGGUUUAUUUGUAAAAAAUUUUAAUUAUUGAUUAAUUUUAAACAUUAUAUUAAAAACAUCGUAUUAAUAACAUCAUAUUAUGAUGUGAAUUUUAAACAUCAUAUUAAAAAAACAAAUAAACUGCCACAGAAUAAAUAAGUACAAAAAUAGUCUAAAAUUAUUUUACAGUUAAUAAAUACUACUUUAAGUGUAUAUAUAUCCUAAAAUAAUAAAUUUUAAAUGAAAAAAAUUUUGAUUAAUGUCCUGAAAUGUUUCAUCUCUCUUUUGGAACAAAAAUAUUUUGAGCUUAUACUUUUCAUUAGGCACGAUCAAAAUUUUAAUUUGGAUUUUAAGAUCACUAAAAAUAUCCUAAAUUACUUUGUAAGUUUAUCGGGUGUUAUAUUAUAAAAAUUGAUUUCCUUUAAGUUUAGUUUUUAUUCUUUUGUUAGAAAUAUAAUGAUUAAUGUUAGAAAUAUAAUGAUUAGUGAGUUUUAUCAUCUUUUAAUCCAAAUAUACCUUUAUAUAUAAAUUAAUCAUUUUGAAUUUUAUGUUUAAUUUAAUUAGUUGUUAUGUAAAAUAUAUAGCUUCCAAUUUACAUGGUACCCAAGAUCAUCUGACAUACUAUUUAAUUAUGAUUAUUUGCUAAGGAUUUACAUUCUAAUUACUUAAAGGAAAACAAUUAGUAAAGUUUUAAACGUUAAAUUGAAAAUAAAUGUUUAAAACAUUAAGAUUAAAAUGUUCAAUUUUUUAAUAAAAUUAUUUACAUUUAUUGAAUUGAAUUCAUCGAUGUUGUAUUUUUACAUAUGAUUUCAGUCUUUCACUGGAAAAAAAUGUCGGAAAUGUAAUAUUCCUCGACUUAGCAAUCUCUAAAUGUCCGACUAUAGCAACAUAAUUAUCUCCUUGGUUUAUAUUUAGAUGCUAUAAAGUGAAUGAUGGAUACAAUUUCUUUAAUUCCCAAAAUAGAGAUAUUGUAAAUAACAAGUAUAUCAUUUAACAUCGAAACAUAUACCUAAAUUUCGAGAUAUUGACAAGCAGAAUUUUAGCUGCCUAAAGUAAAUUAUUAUCAUUCGAACUGAUUGAAACCUCAGCUGUGAAACUGUUAUGUCAUAAUAGCAUUCUAUUUCAUCACCUAAAUUGAAAAUUUUUCAGUGUGCCAAAAAGUUUUGUUAAUUGCUGUUGAUGACGUUAGUAAUCUUUUAGCUUGCGAAUUAGCAUAUCAAAAUGGAGAGAAGUUUCUGCGUAAGAAACAACAUUAUGAAUUACAUGUAUGUAAUCAUGAGUGAAAGAAAUUUUAAUUUAUAAAAACAGUUUGCUUAACAGUCUUCAUGUCAGGUUAAUGCAAAAGUAUUUCUCUUUAAAGAAAACAAAUUAAAUUAAGAAAUUUGUCUUAAAAUGUUUAGUUCCCAUGAAAUAUUAAACUAACAAAUGGAAACAUUGAAAUGUUUAUGACAAUAUUGUUACUGAAUGGCAAUAACAAUGGAUAAUAAUAGCAAAUAAAAGGUGUUAUUUUCCUCUUUAUGGUUAGCCCAAAGUUAAAUUCAAAAAUCAGUAAAGUUGUUUUAUUUAUGCAGCAAAAAUGCAGUUUAUCAUCCAGUCUAAAUGAAGCAUGAAGAGAAACACUAUUUAGAGUUAUUAAAUUAAGAAAUUUGUCUUAAAAUGUUUAGUUCCCAUGAAAUAUUAAACUAACAAAUGGAAACAUUGAAAUGUUUAUCACAAUAUUGUUACUGAAUGGCAAUAACAAUGGAUAAUAAUAGCAAAUAAAAGGUGUUAUUUUCCUCUUUAUGGUUAGCCCAAAGUUAAAUUCAAAAAUCAGUAAAGUUGUUUUAUUUAUGCAGCAAAAAUGCAGUUUAUCAUCCAGUCUAAAUGAAGCAUGAAGAGAAACACUAUUUAGACUUAUUUAAAGAAUCCAAGCUGAAGAGUGUUGCUGAUUAGUAUUGUAUUAAUCAAUAAUGAACUGAAAUAUUUAUAGGAAAUUUUGAAGUCCCUGCUUGCAAUGAACUGUAACUAUAUUAUAAAAUCCAGUAAUUUUAUUCAUACCGAUAAAUGAGUACUUAAAUAUUUGCCUUGUAAACAUAUUCAUUCGUCAUCGAAAUACUUUAGAUUUUAAUAUAAAUAGUAAAAACAGUCUUAUUUACUGCAAAUUUUCUUCAUUAGUCUUGACUUGAAACAGCUUUAAAUAACAUAAUCAUAUAUAAUGAAACAUAAAAUACUUAAUUUUACUCCAUUUUGAAUGAAAAAUGCUGGUUCACAAUGGUGCUUAUACUAUAGAAAAGAAGACUGUUCUUCUACAUUUUUCUCUUUUUAAGGUUGUUGAAAGAAGUGAUGUGUAAAUAAAAUUAGAUAUACAUCAAAGUAGUAGUAACGGGUCUUGCAUGUUUACGCAUAAUGAUGCAUGAUGCUUUUUUAAGCCGAAAUAUUGCAUGCGCAUUUAUUUAUUGCAGAUUAAGUGUACAUGUAUGAACAUAUAUAAAUAUGCAUAUACAUAUGAAACAUAUGUGUGGCUUAUAAAUGUUUUCAGUUGAGAAUAAUUUUUUUAAUAUCAAUAAAAACAAUUUGUUCAAAA